GCAGCUACGGCCGGCCGAGCGGACUGGCAGGUGGCAGCGCAGCUCUAUGGAGUGAGGCGGCCGACGGCCCCGAGCUGCUACUGCUCGAGCUUGGCGACGGGUGGUUCGCUGCGCUGCGGACGGCCUGUGCGGCGAGGCGAGGGGGACGGCUCCGGCGUCCCUAGUGGCACGGCGGGCUCCGGCUCCGGUGGCCCUCGCGGCAAGGCGGGCGGCGGCUCCGACGGAGUCACGAGGCGGGCAGCAGCUCCGGAACCACAGUGUACAACCGAUAACCGGCGUCGGCAACUGGCCGACGUUGGAUGUUUUCCGGCCCUCGCAUUCAUGCCACCGCUCCAAAAGCUUCUAGAAGCCGCUGCCGCCACCAUCUCUACGCCUCUCGCCGCCGCGCAUCUCCACGCUAACCUUCUCCGUUCGGGCCUCCUCCACUCUUCGCACCACCUCACCGCGCAUGUCCUAGCGUGGUACCCUCCGGGCCUCGCCCGCGACCUGUUCGACGAAUUCCCCAGUCCGACGCCUCGCCUCGCCAAUGCGCUCCUCCGCGCCCACAUCCGCGCGCGGCAGUGGCGCGCCGCUAUCCUCCUUGGUCCGCGGCUCCGAGUGCGCCUGGACGGCUUCACCUUCUCGCUCCUGCUGAGGGCCUGUGCCGCGCUCCCCUCGCUCGCCCAUGGCCGAGCUGUGCACGCGGUCGCCAUACGCUCUUGCACCGCGUCUGAAGACGCCUUUGUUGCCACAGCUAUCGUGCAGAUGUAUGCCAGGUGUGGAGACAUGGUUGGGGCCAUCAAUGCGUAUGGUGUGCUUGAGAAGCCUGACAUUGUGCUUAGGACGUCUGUGGUAACCGGCUAUGAGCAGAACGGAAUGGCCGAGGAAGCACUGGAGUUCUUUGCAAGGAAUGUGGUUGGUCAGGGCGUUAUGCUGACACCAGUCACACUUGUGAGUGCGAUGUCGGCAGCAGCACAGUUGGGGCAUGUUCGGAAGGGACAGGCGUGCCACGCUUAUGUUGUCAGGAACAGCUUGGGCUAUGAUCUAGCUUUAGUAAAUACUGUUCUUAGCUUUUAUGUGAAGAUCGGUGAUUUCCAGGCAUCUAUGAGGUUGUUUGAGGGUAUGACGGAUAGAGAUGUGAUCACUUGGAGCUGCAUGAUCAAAGGGUAUGUGCAACAUGGAGACGCACACGAGGGCUUGAGAAUGUACAGGGAGAUGGUCAAGGCACGUGUCCAGCCCAAUUCAGUGACUUUAGUGAGUGUUCUGCAGGCUUGUGCACUUGUUGUCGAUGCUGAGGAAGGUAAGAGAGUUCAUCGGGUUGCUGUCAGCAUAGGUUGUGAGCUUGAGGUGGGUGUAGCGACUGCUCUGGUUGAUAUGUACAUGAAGUGCUCGUGUCAUGAGGAGGCAAUGUGCUUAUUUCAUCGGAUGCCAAAGAAAGAUGUGGUCGCUUGGGCUGCUGUCAUUGGUGGCCUCACACAAAAUGAACUCCCUGGUGAAUCCCUCCAUGUGUUCAAAUGCAUGUUGUUGGAUGAUCAUGUUCCUGAUGCCAUCACGAUGGUGAAGGUACUUGCUGCAUGCUCAGAAUUUGGUGGUACUCGCCUAGCCAUUUGUCUCCAUGGCUAUUUAGUUAGAAAUGGUUUCAAUAAUAAUGCAUUUGUAGCUGCUGCACUUCUUGAUUUGUAUUCAAAAUGUGGAGACAUAGAUAGCGCUGUCAGGGUAUUUGAAGGUACUACAGAAAAAGAUAUUGUGGUGUGGGGCUCAAUGAUUGCUGGUUAUGGAGCCCAUGGCCUUGGUCAGGAAGCUGUUGCGUUGUACCAAAGGAUGAUUGCCUCAUCAAUUCAACCCAACAGUGUGACAUUUGUGUCAGUGUUAUCAGCAUGCAGCCACUCUGGCCUGGUUCAGGAAGGAAUACAAAUUUUUGAUAGCAUGACUCAAGUUUUUGGAGUCGUACCAAAUGCCGAGCAUCAAAGUGCCAUGGUUGAUCUCCUUGGUCGGGCCGGUGAACUGCAAGAGGCUAUAAGGUUCAUUCGUGGUAUGGAUGGAAGAGCUGUUGCCCAUACUUGGUGUGCCUUGCUUGCUGCAUGCAGAGAACACAACAACACUAAGAUGAGCAAAGUAGCAGCAAAGAGUCUGCUCAAGCUGGAUCCUGACCAUGUUGGCUACUACAAUCUCUUGACAAAUAUAUAUGCAUAUGAUGAGAAGUGGGAGAGUGUAAAGGACACAAGGGACAUGGUGAGGGGUAGAGAUCUGCGUAAAGUGCCAGGUUACAGUUCAGUUGAGGUCGGUAACUUAGUGCACACGUUCAUUGCUGGGGAGAGGACUCACCAAGAUUGGGAUAAUAUCUGUACAUUGCUCUGUGAUCUGUCACGAAAGUUGAGAGGCGAGGACUGCUCCUUUCAAGUAGACACUAGCUUAGCAUUCGAGGAUUCUGCUGAUGGUUCUUCUCUGAGUUGAAAUUGAUACUUGAUGUACCUCAGCUGUUGGUGAACUUCCAGAAGAAACCUGGUGGAAGAAAAUGGAUUAUCAAAGGGAAAUAUGCCCAUAGGUACUGCAAACUAGUGCCUGUCUUUUGUCCCUACUAUGUAUGAUACAUCGCAUGCAAAAGAGCAGAACAUACAGAAAGGUAUUUGGGUCACCAAUAUAUUGCAUAUAUAAGCCGCUGUAGCAUAAAUCAAAUCUUUUCAUGGAGGCGAUCAGAGCCUGACAGAUCAGAGCCUCGAGGAUCAGAGCAAAACUAAGGGCAUGUGUUUCUGUAGUGCGUACUGCACAUCGCCAUGCAUGAUAGCAGGUUAGUCACUAACAUGAUCCUUGCUUGAUCUGUCAAUGAAGUAACACUCAUAUGCAUCAGCAGAAAUGAAUCGAUAACUCAAUUGCAGAAAUCUUUUCCCAUAUGUGUUCUGAUCAUCUCAGAAGCUUGAUUAGUUUUAGUAGUAAAAGCAUCACAAAGGGCUAGCUAUACUGUAUGCAUGGAACCUUUCAACUGCAGCUAGUACUGUUUGGUCUCAGUUCUCAACUCUGAAGGAAAGCCACCUUUCAGUUAGCUUGCUUUGUUAAGUUUAUUAAACAGUUCUGACCCCCUUCCUAUUGGCAUUAAAUUUCUUUGCUUUGUUCUGUUUACCAAGCUGUUUGAGGUGUCUAUCUAUAGCAUGUUGUUUAGUACUCAAUUACACAUGAACACUGAGCACAUUUUACUGCUCAAAACAAUGAACUUGACAUGGAUUAAAUUUGUCUUUCUCAUUCUGAUUCUGCUAGACCUAGAUGUAUACAUAUGCAUUUUGUAUUUUCUUAGGUAUAUUUUCCUUAAUGGUGUGUAUUUUCCUAGGUAUACUUUCCUUAGCGGUAAGUGUGGGCACUCUUGUAUAAUGAUGAAUUAUUGUUCCUUACAUAUGUACAAGCAACUGGUUACUCAGAUAAACCCUCUGAAAAUUGGAUAGCUGGUUAGCAGGAGUUAUCUUUCAAGUAAUGACAUUUCUGAAGUUAACUUUCUGUUGCUCCACGCACACUUUCAGUUGUGAUUCUGUCGCGCUACAAAUAGAACAGGGAGGGGAGAUCCCUGCUCUAGCAUGGGAUUGGAAUCAGUUAGAGUAUAUUUGGUAAUCUAAAUAUUGUGUAUUGUAGACUUCCAUAUGUAUCCGUGGGUUGCCUUACCUCCCAAGUCUUGUACUCUAUAUAAACCGCCCAAGGGCUCAAUGCAAUACAUCCAUCCAAUUACACCAAUUCUAUUUUCCUUCAUGGUAUCACAAGUCUAGGUUUAAAUCCUAACCCUAGCCGCCGCCAGCUUCCGCAACUGCGCGCCCCCGGGGAGAGAUCGAUCUCCACCAGGGGCAGCGCUACUGUUUAGGUGCCCGAUCCUAUCCAUCCAGCCGCUAUCGUCGUCAACUGUUCCAGACUUAGUGAUCUCCCUCUGUUGUAAGCUACUUGAUAAAAUAAAAAUAUAGAGCUGCCCCAGGAUUUAUUACACGCUUUCGCCGCUUUGUGGUGAUGUGGCUGGCCUGCCCCUCGUCCUUUGGCCUGCCUAUUCGGCUCUGGCCACAUCAAAUUGCUACUAUGACGAGCACCAUCUACGAGAGCCCUAGAGCGCAACCCUCUCCCCCACAUCCUAAUCCAUAGUGAGACACAGCUGUAGAAGGCUACAGUACUUCCCCUGAUCCCCUCAAUGCUACACUUUCUUGGUCUUUUUUUUGUGCAAUUUCUAGCUGAGCCAUCAACUAGUCAUCCAUUGUUGUUAGCACAGUUUAGCUCCUGUAAUGUGUAUCUAUGGAUUGUUUGAUCAUACGAUGAAUUAAUGGAUAAAAGUAAGAAUAGAAAGAAAAACAAUAAUCAAUCCUUGUUCCUCUUACCAUGGCAUAAUGGCAUCUGUUUGUUGUUGGUUGCGACGUAUGUCUUGCUCCUAGGUAGUAGUAUGAUAAUACCCUAUACUUCCUUGGCAGGCUUUCAGGUUAUCAUAGUGCUAGCAUGGUCGCAAAAUUUGGCUACUUCACAGCAUAUCCAGAUGUGUGCUUUUGUGAGUUUGGUGAUAUAGGGCGGAUAACUAUCCUGGAACCUAAAAUCCUUGCUUAAGGUGCAUUCCUUGUGCAUUUACGCAUUUACAGUUUCAGCUGAUGAUAUCCAGGCAACAGAAAGAAUACUGUUUCUUUUUAGAUAUGUGAUGUUGUCGCGGGUUCAGCGAGUGGCAGAAGGCGGAUAAAAAAAUGUGUACAAACGCCUCACACCCUUGAGGGGGCAGGGGGUAUUACCUUUAGUAUAUAUAGUGAAGUAGGCUAUGUUACAAGAUGUGACGACCUAGUCAAAUACGAUGAGUCCACUAUAUACAUCUCUAAUAAAGUGAGCUUCUGAUUACUUAAUGCUAAUUGUAGCAGAGUCAUGUGGGCUUUCUGAUGUUGUCACUGUGGAAACCCUUCAGCUUCGACAGUAUCGUCCUUUCCAAACUGAUUGAUAUUGGUAACUUGUUUUGUGAGCUUUGAUCCUCAGGUAUGUGAGCUCUUACUAAAAGGCUCUUGGCAUCCAUUGCUCAGAAGGUCAAUGUCCAUAGUUUAAGCUCGGUUGUCGGACCACAUUUAGGAAUGGUUGCAUGAAAAUACUCUCAAGAGCAGACUUCAUGUGCCUUCUUGAGGAUAGUGGUCAAUGACCAGAUCUUUCAUGUUUAUAUGCAAAGAAAUGUAACAUGUACUGGCUAUGAUUGUUCAAUAUUUGUUCACUUGCCUUUGUAGAUGGGCACAAAAUAUUGGUUCCAAGAGACUAGUGUUGUCGUAGGAGAUCCACUAACAUUUUAAUAAAAUCCAGUUGGUGUUAAA